AUGGCUAAGGAAUCCAAAGAAGUUAAGUCCGAGGACAACUAUGAAACCAGAAUGCCAGCUGUUCUGUCAUUUGCUAAACCAUUAGCCUCUAAGAAACUAAAUAAGAAGGUUCUAAAGACUGUUAAGAAAGCCUCCAAGGCCAAGAAUGUCAAGAGAGGUGUUAAGGAAGUUGUUAAGGCUCUAAGAAAGGGUGACAAGGGUCUAGUUAUCAUUGCUGGUGAUAUUUUCCCAGCUGAUGUCAUUUCUCAUAUCCCUGUUUUGUGUGAAGACCAAUCUGUCCCAUAUAUUUUCAUUCCAUCUAAGCAAGAUUUAGGUUCUGCUGGUGCCACCAAGAGACCAACCUCUGUUGUUUUCAUUGUACCAGGUAGUAACAAGAAGAAGGAUGGUAAGGCUAAGGAAGAAGAAUACAAAGAUUCUUUCAACGAAAUAGUAAAGGAGAUUUCUGCUUUUUAA